AAAUAUAUAUAAAAAAAAAUUCCAAAUUUAUAGCAAUGACUUUUAAUUAUUUUUAUUUAUUAAUCAUAUCAUAUAUAUUAAAUUAAAUUUAUGUAAGAAAUUAAAUUUGCAAACUUAUUAUUAAGCUUUGGAGAUCUGGAAGGAACCCAAAAGAGCUGAGAGAGGAGUAUAGUAAUAGUAGUAUAGUAGUAGUAGGAGAGAGAGACAACCUCAUCAUCAUCAUCAUCAUCAAUGGUCUCUCACUCCCAUUGCUCCAAUCUCAGCCGUUGAUUUGAUCUCUUCUCCGAUUUCACGUACCUUAUGUUCUUCGCUUCUAGGGUUUCACUCCCCCAUUUCUGCUUCGCUUUUUUACUAGACUAUUAUGUCGUCGACGGCCAAGAUCAAUCAUCACCGGAUCAACGGUCAGAUUUUACCCCAGCCGUGUACUCACCUUGCUGAGUUCCGAUCCACCAACGAAUCCAGGCCGUUCCGGGCUUUCCAGGAUUGUCUACGUGUCAAGCCUCCCGGAGGUCGAGCUGCGAUCCGGCGUGAACCCAACGAGGUUCCUCAUUGCGGCGCGUGCGGUGACGCGGCUCGGGCGAGGCUCUACGCUUGCGUUUCGUGCGCUUCUGUGUCGUGUUACGCGCCUUCUGGACCUCUUCAUGCGGUGCUCCACGCUGAGUCGAUGCCGCCUGGGCAUGAGAUCGCCGUCGAUGUUGAUCGAGCUGAACUCUUUUGCUGUGCUUGUAGGGAUCAAGUCUACGAUCGGGAUUUCGACGCUGCGGUUGUUUUGGCUCAGACAGCGGCGUCGACGCUUGGGUUGAGCUCGUCUUCUUCGACUUCUGCGACGGAGGUGGCGUCGGUGAUUCGGUUUCAGCAUCCGGCGAAUCUCAGAAAACGACGACGUGUUGAUUACCGACCUUGGGAACCCGAUCUCAGGGAGCGGACUCUGGUCGAGAACGGAUCGAGUCCGCUAGAGAGACCCGAUAAGGCGCCGGAAUUCCCCCGAGGAUUGCGAGGAUUGAACAAUUUGGGGAACACUUGCUUCAUGAACUCGGUUCUCCAAGCAUUGCUUCACACUCCUCCACUAAGGAACUAUUUCUUGAGCGACCGCCAUAAUCGUUACUUCUGCCAGGAUAGGAGCAACGUUUCCGCCGCCGCCUCAGCUUCUGCCUCGGCGGGCGUUAAUGCGAGCCGGAGAAAGGUGGCCGUUACAACGACGAACACGGAUUCUAAUGGAAAGAGUCGAAAUUGUUUGGCUUGCGAUUUGGAUGACAUGUUUUCGGCAGUGUUUUCUGAGGAUCGGAUGCCGUACAGCCCUGCAAAGUUUUUGUUCAGUUGGUGGCAACACGCGGCGAAUUUGGCAAGUUAUGAACAGCAGGAUGCACACGAGUUUUUCAUUUCAAUGCUUGAUGGGAUUCAUGAAAAGGUGGACAAGGAUCGGAGGAAACCACAUAGUCAAGGCAAUGGAGACUGCUGUAUAGCUCAUAGAGUAUUUUCCGGCAUCUUGCGAUCUGAUGUCAUGUGCAUGGUUUGUGGUUUCACAUCGACAACAUAUGACCCUUGUGUUGACAUCUCACUGGAUUUGGAACCAAACCAAGGGGGUUCUGGAAAGAUGUCAUCCACAAAGGCUGGUCAUCCUUGCAAUGGCGAGGCAGGUUACACAAAUUCAAGGCAACACACGGGUACAUCUACUUUGAUGGGAUGCUUAGACCGUUUCACAAGACCUGAGAGAUUAGGCUCUGACCAGAAAUUCUUCUGCCAACAAUGUCAGAUUAGGCAAGAGUCCCUCAAACAAAUGUCCAUAAGAAAACUUCCACUUGUCUCGUGCUUCCACAUUAAAAGAUUUGAGCAUUCUUCAAUCAGGAAAACAUCAAGAAAAGUUGAUCGUUACUUGCAAUUCCCAAUUUCAUUGGACAUGGCACCUUAUCUAUCUUCUUCAAUCUUGAGGAGUCGAUACGGGAAUAGAGUUUUCCCUUUUGACGAGGAUGAGCCAGAUGCUUCAAACGACUUGUCCUCAGAGUUCGAGCUGUUUGCUGUUGUUACCCACAGUGGGAAGCUAGACGCUGGCCAUUACGUGACUUACUUGCGGUUAUGUAAUCAAUGGUACAAGUGUGAUGAUGCUUGGAUCACUCGUGUAAACGAGAACAUCGUCCGGGCAGCUCAAGGAUACAUGUUGUUUUAUGUACAGAAGAUGCUAUACUACAAAGCAAGCGAGAAACAGGUUGCUAGAUGAUAUGCUUAUCAGAAAACAAAAAAUAAAAAAUAAAAUAAGGAUUGCAUAUACUAAUUAAAAAAAAAAAAAAAGACAAAAGAAAAAA